GAAACUCUGCCCUCCUCUUGCCUUAGAAAAGUGAGCCAUGAACACGGCCCAGGGCACAGUGGGCAGCGACCCGGUGAUCCUGGCCACCGCCGGCUACGACCACACCGUCCGGUUCUGGCAGGCCCACAGUGGGAUAUGCACCAGGACUGUCCAGCACCAGGACUCUCAGGUGAAUGCCCUGGAGAUCACACCGGACCGUAGCAUGGUAGCCGCUGCAGGCUACCAGCACAUUCGGAUGUACGACUUGAAUUCCAACAACCCAAACCCGGUGAUCAACUACGAUGGAGUGAGCAAGAACAUAACGUCUGUGGGGUUCCACGAAGAUGGCCGCUGGAUGUACACAGGGGGCGAAGACUGCAUGGCUCGCAUCUGGGACCUCAGGUCACGCAACCUCCAGUGCCAGCGUAUCUUCCAAGUGAACGCGCCCAUCAACUGCGUCUGUCUGCACCCCAAUCAGGCAGAACUUAUCGUGGGGGAUCAGAGCGGAGCAAUUCACAUCUGGGACCUGAAAACCGACCACAAUGAGCAGCUCAUUCCAGAGCCGGAAGUCUCGGUCAACUCUGUUCACAUCGACCCUGAUGCCAGCUACAUGGCGGCCGUCAACAGCUCAGGCAAUUGCUACGUGUGGAAUUUAACGGGGGGCAUCGGAGACGAGGUGACCCAGCUGAUCCCGAAGACCAAGAUUCCCGCCCACAACCGUUACGCCCUCCAGUGCAAGUUCAGCCCAGACUCCACGCUUCUGGCCACAUGUUCUGCCGACCAGACCUGCAAGAUCUGGAAAACGUCCAACUUCUCUCUGAUGACGGAGCUGAGCAUCAAGAGCAAUAACCCUGGGGAGACCUCCCGCGGCUGGAUGUGGGACUGUGCCUUUUCAGGCGACUCCCAGUACAUUGUCACCGCCUCCUCGGAUAACCUGGCCAGGCUGUGGUGCGUGGAGACGGGGGAGAUCAAGCGGGAGUACAGCGGCCACCAGAAGGCGGUCGUCUGCCUGGCUUUCAAUGACAGCGUGUUGGGCUGAAGAGACCCACUGGCCCAGUUUCGGGGGCCCUGAGAGCCAGACGGAUCGGCGGAGGGGUGAAAGGUCGCAGCAAGAACACAGCUGCCGUCAACAGACGGCGAGAGGAGGUUGCAUCUUUUCCCUUCAGUCACCUCCUCCCCAAAGGGGAGCUUCGUCCUGAUAAAGACAGACACUCCCAGGAACUAGUGGGGAAUUUUCACUUGUUUUUCACAACUCUCCUCAAUUACAGAGCCCAAAAAAGAGCUCUCUUGUCUGAAGUACAGGAAAGUUGGGGGGGUUUUGCUCCUCCUUUGAGCUGCCUGCUGGCCAUGAAUCAUAAAAGCUGGCUGAGAUAAACACAGGCCUGGCGAGGGAAAGAGGAAACGCGUGGUGCUCUUUUCAGAAUGUAUUGUCCCCGAGCAUGGGGGGAGCAGCAGUUCUGAUCAAAUUGGGUCCCCCCCCUAAAAGAAAGAAGCCCCCAUUUUUGCUUUAUUCCUUUUUUUUUUUUUUAAACUAAACCGGUGGAGAUCUUGCAAAAGGUUCCUUUCUGCGAGUGCUCCAGGGAGGCCUCUGUAGAAAAAGCAGAGGAAAUGGGGGCAGGAAGCCCAGUUGUAACAACAGGAGAGGGGCUGCGGCUUCCGUUUCCUCAUUUUGUGCUUUUAUUUAAAAUGUCACAGUCGGGUAACUAACAUGGUACAAAAAUCUA